GCAGCAGGCUACAAAAGGGAUUUGGACAUUGGCCUGGUGGGGUAAGGUUUAGUGAGUUAAGCGUCCCUUGGAGAUUAGCCUACUGAUUGGUCUUGUCAUCUGUCAGCAAGAGGCACCAUUAAGAACUAAACCAAUAGUCUAAACCUAGUCGUGUUUUAGUGCCCCCUCCGGAGUAUCAACUUCAAACACAGUGUGUGUUGCUGCUGCGUAUGACUAGCGGUUGAUCAGGGGACUGAGACAAAAGAAAGAAAAAGUGAUCCGUGUAGAAGAUCAUUGCAACACAGUUUCGGGGAGGAGGACCUCUGACCAGCUGGGAGGACUGAAAGCUCCCACAGCGGAAAGUCAAUCGCUUUUCAUUCAGAGCGCAGGAAGGAAGUGGGCGCCUCUUGCAAGCAGAGUGAGUGCGCAACAAGUGUUCACUUUUUAAGGGCUACACCUUUUUUUCGUCUUAGCAAAGUUGUGAGAACUAUUUGAGGACCACACUUUGACACUCAGCAGUCCAGAACAACCACAAUAACAACAACCACCCCCACAACAACACGAACAACAUGUCAAAUCUCCGACCGAAGCGGUGCACUUUAGAGAAGGGUCCGGACGGCUACGGCUUCCAUCUGCACGGAGAGAAGGGGAAGACGGGCCAGUUCAUCCGGCUGGUAGAGCCCGACUCCCCGGCUGCGGCCGCCGGACUGCUCGCCGGCGACCGCCUUGUUUUCGUCAACGGGGAGAGUGUAGACGGGGCCAGCCACCAGCAAGUGGUCGCCAAGAUCCGGGUGACCGUGGGAGACCUGGAGCUGAUCGUCGUGGACGACGAGACCGCGGAGCUCCUGAAGAAACACGGCCUGAAGUGCCGCGUAGAGUAUGUGACGGAAGGCAUCCCCGUGCCCGGGGAGGACACCCAGAGCAACGGGACGUCCGCAGCGGGGUCUAGAGGGUCCAGCCCGGCCCCGCCAGAGAACGGAGAGAUCCCCCUGCACAGGCUGAGUGUUAGCUCCAAUAAGGAGGCGAGUGAAGGGCUUCGGCCGCGUCUGUGUCACAUGGCAAAGGGAGCCAACGGCUACGGCUUCAACCUGCACAGCGAGAAGUCCAAACCGGGCCAGUUCAUCCGGGCCGUGGACGACCACUCCCCCGCCCAGAGGGCCGGACUGCUGCCCGGAGACAAGAUCCUGCAGGUGAACAGCAUGUCAGUAGCAGGCAUGCAGCAUGCGGAGGUGGUGGGCGCCAUCAAAGCCGGGGGCGAGGAGACCUCCAUGCUGGUGGUGGACUCUGAGGCCGACGCCUACUUCAUCAGCUGCAACGUCCUACCCACCGAGGAGCACCUGAGAGGUCCUCUUCCAGUACGCAAAUCACGUGACUCCACAGAUGGGGUCAACAGUAAGACAGCAGCUGACCUCAACCCGGCCUCGCCCUCGAGGCACUCCUCGUCCAGCUCUUCCUCCUCCAACUCCUCCCUGCCAGCCUCGGCUCCAGCCGUCACCAUGGACGCCGUGCCAGCACCAGCGGGGGGUCUGAGCAUGUCCCUGGCCCAGGUCAAGGAGAGGGCCCACCAGAAACGCAUGGCCAAAAAGGCCCCCGCCAUGGACUGGAGCAAGAGGAACGAGCUCUUCAGCAACCUAUAGAUGAUGACCCACCCUCCUUCAUCCUCCUCCCCUUCCUCCCCCUCUUCCUCCCCCUCUGCCUCCCACCCUUAUCCGUUCAGAGUGAUGAAGAGGACAGCCCGAUCGCCCUUCCUCCCCACUAUCUCGACCUAGCAGCUCUGUGCUCAUUAAGACACACCUGUCAUUUUAGACGAUUUCUAAAGAUAAUUUAAAAAUAUAUAUAUAAAAAAGGGUAGAAUGUGAAACAGUGUUAUUUUCCUGUAAUUUUUGUAUCAGAUAUCAUAUCAUAUGGAGGGGAUAUCAUAUCGUGUGGAGGGCUUACCACCUGUAUCUGUUUUUUAAAAAUAUGUUUUGAAUGUACUUUUUUCAAGAUGGAUAUUUUCAUUCUGAUUAUUGCGAAGAUUCUCACAAUACACAUUCCUUCAGUUGAGGGGGUCAAUUGAAUGUCAAUGGAGUCUAAGCCUGAAUCUAAGGCGCAGAUUGCAUACCUACUGAUUGUUCUAAAUCAAUAAUACAAUGCUUGUCUUGGUUUUCUUCUCUAAUUGGUGGCUAAGUAACUAGCGUGGAUCAAUGCACUUAAUACUUGCUUAUGUAGCCAAUUUGACACAUUUGUUUUGUUUAAUGACAAUGAUGGAAGUGUACUGCCUUUUUAAAUUAGACUUCCCGUACGGAACUAUUGUGAAAUAGGUUGAAGAGAGGAAUCCCGAUCUAGAAAAUGAAUUCCCGAAAACCUUUCAACAAGAUGGUAGAUUGGCGCAAUACGUUAUUUUGUUUUUAUUUUUUCCAUAUAUAUAUUAAUAUUCAAUCUUAUUCUGUACAUACAGUAAAUGAUUAAGUAAACUAAACUGAAAAGUGAAUGUGUGGGAGAGUAGCAGUGCUUGGGAUAUAAGCGUCUGCUCUGAAGGAGAACUUCUGUGUUCCAAGAGUGCUGUCACCUUACAUUGACAUGGAUUAAAAACGCAUCUUAAUUACAUUUGUUUUCAUGUGGUUGUAUCAUUGAAACCUAUCAACACAACACCACCCGCUCUUUAGAAAUGUCUCAUCUUUAAUGACGUUCAAUCUUGACACGGAUAAGUACAAAAUAUUUAUUUUGUAUCAAUUACAGCCGAAACAUUUGUGCCAUCUUUUUUGUUAACAUCCCGAACUAAAACUAAAAUGACAUGCGUUUAUGGUCGCAUCAUGACAUUUUUCUUAGAAGUAACGAACAAUAAAGAUUUGAAAAAGAAACUGAUGGGGAAUAGAAUGGACUUCAAUCACAAAACGAAUAUUGCAGUUCACUCUUCGGUUGUUUGACAGUAGAGUAAUCAAGCAAAGGAAAUUAAUGAAAGUGGAUUUUGUGCGGAACCUUUGUAAACAGUUUCAUACUCGUCCUGAACCCUUCUUUGGACUCCUAAAGGAGAACAUAACCACACAGACAUGGACAACUUUCAAUAAAUAAUAAACUCUGUAUUUGGAAUAAUCAUUGGCUUGAGAAAUGAAUGGGAAAUUGGCCAAUGGGCCUUGGUCACUUGGUGGCCAUCUUGGUUCUAAAACCGAGCUGGGAGGAGAAACUUAAUGAGGAUGGAACCAAGAUGGCCGUCAGGUGAACAAGCCAUUGCUGAGUCCCCACCUCAGUGACCUCUUCCCAGAGAGCGUGUUCGAGGUUGGCCAGAAGCCUCUGUCUAUCGUAUUCAUAUCACAGAGCAGUAGCACCUACAAAGAUAUCGCCUUAAAGAACAUCUUGACCCUCAUGCAAGUGCACACACUGUCUCAAACAAUCAUGUGAGCACGUCUCUCCCACGUACACGCACACAUACUUUGGACUAAAUACGUUGCCCCCUAGUGAGUAAAGGCAUGACUAUCUUUGGUAAAAAAAAAAAGAUAAAA